UUCGGACUUGGGGUUAUUUAUUUGGGAAGCACCUGGACGGCGGAGCGAGUCGGCGUCAGUGGCUGCUGCAGACUGUGCUUUAAAAAAUUAAAAUAAAAUAAAGGAGGCGGAGGCGACGUUUGUGGCUGCAGCGCCAGCGCCAGCGAGGGAUGGGAGCGCCGAGGCUCCGGGGCGCAGGCCGGAGCUGCCGAGCUUUCCCGGCGCGGCGAGAGUGCUGAGAAAGGAGAGCGUCCGGGCCCCCGCAGCUGGCUCCAGAGGCGCGGGCAGGGUUUUUGUUCGACUGCACUAAGCGUCUGGCAGCCUGGGCGAACAACUCCAGUUUCAACGACAACCCACCUUCCAGCAGCCCAGGGAGACUUCGGCUGCUGCGUCUGUCCUAUUGUUUAGACACUUGCCAGGGGCUCCAGAGCAGCAGACCCCGCUCACUGUCGCCGCCAUCCCUCUCCCCCACCUUCUUCCAGAGAACCGGAGCCGAGGAAAGCAGCCGGGAGAGGGGAAGGGGAGGCGAGGGCGGACUGCCUGGACUGCGGCCGCCGGGUCAGGUGCAGCGGCGGGAGCCGGGCGGCGUCUCCACGUCGGCGAGAGGACUCCUGCCGCGGCCGUGGGAGACAGGAUCCCCAGCCUGGGAAAAGUUCCUGCACUUUGAGAAGGACGACCCACUUGUGGGAGGCUAUCCAGGGGCGGCAGAGAAGCCGCGCCUGGCCCGAAGCUGGCUGUUGUUUCCUCCACCUUUGCCAUCAGGUGUCUGCAGUGUAUCCGGGAGACGACGGAGGCUGACACAGGCGUGCACGCGCCACUGCCACUCAGCUGGGGACCGGUCUCCGGCCGCAGUAGCGGUCUCGGCCGCUCGCCUGCUGCCUCGCCAUCCUUCAGACAUCCCAGCGGUACGCGGGCGCGGACACCACCUUAGCCGGUCCCCUCCUUCCGGCCUGCCUGCUUGGUGGCAAGUCCUGAGCCAGCCCUUGCCCACUCUGUAUUCGCGGGAACCAUCUUCCUCAACUUGGCCUCUUGGAUUUGCUCUGCUGGGGUUCUGACUAGUGGAUAUCCCUUUCCGAGCUGCAGUGGUCUUACUGGACUGCCCUUUUGUCUUUCCGCGUGACCUCAGGGCAGGCUUUGGUGCAGAGCGUCGCCAAGGACGCCCGGCGGGAGGCGGGACUGGCGAGACUUCCCCCAGCGAGUGCAUGUGUGUUUGCAAACCAUCCUGGGCGAGGACCAGUCCCGGCUGCCUCGGUGCUACCGGUUGGGUGGAGGCCGCGUGAGUGAGCCGAGCUCUGCGCCGCCCCGCGCCCCUUCAGGCUGCGCAAACGCCCCGUGCGCCCCCGCGCGCGCCAUGCCCAGUGGCUCGGCGCGCUCUGCUCUGGGCCCGCGGGGCUCCCGCGCCUUCUAGCUUUAAAAAGCUCACUUUCUCAGGACCACCAUUACCAUCGAGCUCUCAUCUUCCGCCUGGGACUCUCUACACUGGGAUCGGAUUUGCACAAGAGUACGUGGGUUUAGAGUAACCGCCCCCGCCCCCGCAACUGCGUCUUCGCGGUGGUUGGACGCCCGGGAGCUUUUAGCGACAAGCCAAGUUGAUCCUUGUGAGACGGAAGACGCAGUGAUCUCUCCGCUUCUAUCUGGAUCUCCUCUCAGCUUUGGCCAGGCCGUUUGAGUUUCAGGUUCUAAAGUUACCCACGGAAAGGACAGAGAGGGAGGGUAAAGACGUGUGCUUCUACUGGCUCGACUCCUUUGAAUAUUACUACUGCUCCAUACUAUUUUGAGCCCAUUUUCCCCGGGGCACCCUGACCCCGCGCCAAGCGCUGGGCCUCAGACCCUGCGUGGAUCCCUGGGAGCGGCGACCUAAGAGAAACCCCAGCGCCCACGAGCGAGGAGGCGGCGGGGGAAGAUGCGCGGCGCGCAUUGGCAGACGCUGUCCCUGUCGCUGGUGGUAGUGCUGGCGGUCCUGGACGAGGUGGCGACUCAGGCGUGCCCGGCGCAGUGCUCCUGCUCCGGCAGCACCGUGGACUGUCACGGGCUGGCGCUGCGCAGCGUGCCCAGGAAUAUCCCCCGCAACACCGAGAGGCUUGACCUGAAUGGAAAUAACAUCACACGGAUUACGAAGACUGAUUUUGCUGGUCUCAGGCACCUCCGAGUUCUUCAGCUUAUGGAGAACAAGAUUACUGCAAUUGAAAGAGGAGCAUUCCAAGACCUUAAAGAACUGGAGAGACUGCGUUUAAACAGAAAUCACCUUCAGCUGUUUCCAGAGUUGCUGUUUCUUGGCUGUUCGAAGCUAUACAGGCUUGAUCUCAGUGAAAAUCAAAUUCAGGCUAUUCCAAGGAAGGCGUUUCGUGGGGCAGUGGACAUAAAAAAUUUGCAACUGGAUUACAACCAGAUCAGCUGUAUUGAAGAUGGGGCGUUUAGGGCUCUCCGGGACCUGGAAGUGCUCACUCUCAACAAUAACAACAUUACAAGACUGUCCGUUGCAAGUUUCAAUCAUAUGCCUAAACUUAGGACUUUUCGACUGCAUUCCAACAACUUAUACUGUGACUGCCACCUGGCCUGGCUCUCGGACUGGCUUCGUCAAAGGCCCCGGGUGGGGCUGUACACUCAGUGCAUGGGGCCUUCCCACCUGAGAGGUCACAACGUGGCAGAGGUUCAAAAACGAGAAUUUGUCUGCAGUGGUCACCAGUCCUUUAUGGCCCCAUCCUGCAGUGUUUUGCAUUGCCCUGCUGCUUGUACCUGUAGCAACAACAUCGUAGACUGUCGCGGGAAGGGUCUCACUGAGAUCCCCACCAACCUGCCGGAGACCAUCACGGAAAUACGUUUGGAACAGAACUCAAUCAAGGUUAUUCCUCCGGGAGCUUUCUCACCAUAUAAGAAGCUUAGAAGAAUUGACCUGAGCAAUAAUCAGAUCUCCGAGCUGGCACCCGACGCCUUCCAAGGCCUGCGCUCUCUCAAUUCACUUGUUCUCUACGGAAAUAAAAUCACGGAACUACCAAAAAGUUUAUUUGAAGGAUUGUUCUCUUUACAGCUACUAUUAUUGAAUGCCAACAAGAUAAACUGCCUUCGGGUAGAUGCUUUUCAGGAUCUCCACAACUUGAACCUUCUCUCCUUAUAUGACAACAAGCUUCAGACCAUUGCCAAGGGGACCUUCUCACCUCUCCGUGCCAUUCAAACAAUGCAUCUGGCCCAGAACCCCUUUAUCUGUGACUGCCACCUCAAGUGGCUGGCGGAUUAUCUCCACACCAACCCCAUUGAGACCAGUGGUGCCCGUUGUACCAGCCCCCGCCGCCUGGCAAACAAAAGAAUUGGACAGAUCAAAAGCAAGAAGUUCCGUUGUUCAGCUAAAGAACAGUAUUUCAUUCCAGGUACAGAAGAUUAUCGAUCAAAAUUAAGUGGAGACUGCUUCGCAGACUUGGCUUGCCCUGAAAAGUGCCGCUGCGAAGGAACCACAGUAGAUUGCUCCAAUCAAAAACUCAACAAAAUCCCUGAUCAUAUUCCCCAGUACACUGCAGAGCUGCGUCUCAAUAAUAAUGAAUUUACAGUGUUGGAAGCCACAGGAAUCUUUAAGAAGCUUCCUCAGUUACGUAAGAUCAAUUUUAGCAACAAUAAGAUUACAGAUAUUGAGGAGGGAGCAUUCGAAGGCGCAUCUGGAGUGAAUGAAAUACUUUUCACCAGUAACCGCUUGGAAAACGUUCAGCAUAAGAUGUUCAAGGGAUUGGAAAGCCUCAAAACUCUGAUGUUGCGAAGUAAUCGAAUAAGCUGUGUAGGAAAUGACAGCUUCAUAGGACUCAGUUCUGUGCGUUUGCUUUCUCUGUAUGAUAAUCAGAUCACUACAAUUGCACCUGGGGCAUUUGAUACUCUCCAUUCUUUAUCUACUCUAAACCUCUUGGCCAAUCCUUUUAAUUGUAACUGCUACCUGGCGUGGUUGGGAGAGUGGCUCAGGAAGAAAAGAAUCGUGACAGGAAACCCUCGGUGUCAGAAACCGUACUUCCUCAAAGAAAUCCCCAUCCAAGAUGUGGCCAUUCAGGACUUCACUUGCGAUGAUGGAAAUGAUGACAACAGUUGUUCUCCACUCUCCCGUUGCCCCACGGAAUGUGCCUGCUUGGACACCGUAGUUCGCUGUAGCAACAAAGGCUUGAAGGUCUUGCCGAAAGGUAUUCCAAGAGAUGUCACUGAGCUGUACUUGGAUGGGAACCAAUUUACACUGGUUCCCAAAGAACUAUCUAACUACAAGCAUUUAACGCUUAUAGACUUGAGUAACAACCGAAUAAGCACACUGUCUAAUCAGAGCUUCAGCAACAUGACUCAGCUUCUCACCUUAAUUCUUAGUUACAACCGUCUGAGAUGUAUUCCACCUCGAACCUUUGAUGGAUUGAAGUCUCUUCGAUUACUAGCAAUUGGAGCCAACCCUCUUUACUGUGAUUGUAACAUGCAGUGGCUAUCCGACUGGGUGAAGUCGGAAUAUAAGGAACCAGGAAUCGCCCGCUGCGCAGGUCCGGGAGAAAUGGCCGAUAAGCUGCUGCUCACAACUCCCUCAAAAAAGUUUCUAUGUCAAGGUCCUGUGGAUGUCAAUAUUCUGGCUAAAUGCAAUCCCUGCUUAUCAAAUCCAUGUAAAAAUGAUGGCACCUGUAACAAUGAUCCAGUUGACUUUUACCGGUGCACCUGUCCCUACGGCUUCAAGGGGCAAGACUGCGAUACCCCAAUCCAUGCGUGCAUCGGUAACCCAUGUAAACACGGAGGAACCUGCCACUUAAAGGAAGGAGAAAGGGAUGGAUUCUGGUGUAUUUGUGCUGAUGGAUUUGAAGGAGAAAACUGUGAGGUCAAUGUUGAUGACUGUGAAGAUAAUGACUGUGAAAAUAACUCCACAUGUGUUGAUGGAAUUAACAACUACACGUGCCUUUGCCCACCAGAGUACACAGGCGAGCUGUGUGAGGAAAAGCUGGACUUCUGUGCCCAGGACCUGAAUCCAUGCCAGCACGACUCCAAGUGCAUCCUGACACCCAAGGGAUUCAAGUGUGACUGCACCCCGGGUUACAUUGGUGAGCACUGUGACACGGACUUUGAUGACUGCCAAGACAACAAGUGUAAGAACGGUGCCCGUUGCACAGACGCAGUGAAUGGCUACACGUGCAUCUGCCCUGAAGGUUACAGUGGCUUAUUCUGUGAGUUUGCUCCACCCAUGGUGCUCCCUCGGACCAGCCCCUGUGAUAAUUUUGAUUGCCAGAAUGGAGCUCAGUGCAUCGUCAGGGUCAACGAGCCAGUGUGUCAGUGUUUGCCUGGCUACCAAGGCGAGAAGUGUGAAAAAUUGGUCAGUGUGAAUUUUGUGAACAAAGAGUCCUAUCUGCAAAUUCCUUCAGCCAAGGUCCAGCCGCAGACGAACAUUACUUUUCAGAUUGCCACGGACGAAGACAGUGGCAUACUCCUCUACAAAGGUGACAAAGACCACAUUGCGGUGGAACUCUACCGAGGACGAGUUCGUGCCAGCUACGACACUGGUUCUCACCCAGCUUCUGCCAUUUACAGUGUGGAGACAAUCAAUGAUGGAAACUUUCACAUUGUGGAGCUGCUUGCGUUGGACCAGAGUCUGUCUCUCUCUGUGGAUGGAGGAAGCCCCAAAAUCAUCACCAACUUGUCGAAGCAGUCCACUCUGAAUUUCGACUCUCCUCUUUAUGUAGGAGGCAUGCCUGGGAAGAACAAUGUGGCAUCUCUGCGCCAGGCUCCAGGGAAGAAUGGCACUAGCUUCCAUGGCUGCAUCCGGAACCUUUACAUCAACAGUGAGCUGCAGGACUUCCGGAAGGUGCCCAUGCAGACUGGCAUUCUGCCGGGCUGUGAGCCGUGCCACAAAAAGGUGUGUGCCCAUGGUAUGUGCCAGCCAAGCAGACAGUCAGGCUUCACCUGCGAGUGUGAAGAAGGAUGGAUGGGCCCUCUCUGUGACCAGCGGACCAAUGACCCUUGUCUUGGAAAUAAAUGUGUCCAUGGCACCUGCCUGCCCCUCAACGCGUUCUCCUACAGCUGUAAGUGCCUGGAGGGACAUGGAGGUGUCCUUUGUGAUGAAGAGGAAGACCUGUUCAGCCCUUGCCAAACCAUUAAGUGCAAGCACGGGAACUGCAGGCUCUCAGGACUGGGGCAGCCCUACUGUGAAUGCAGCAGCGGGUACACUGGGGACAGCUGUGAUCGAGAAAUCUCUUGCCGAGGGGAACGGAUAAGAGAUUACUUCCAAAAGCAGCAAGGCUAUGCCGCGUGCCAAACCAGCAAGAAGGUCUCCCGCUUGGAAUGUAAAGGCGGGUGCACCGGAGGGCAGUGCUGCGGGCCACUGCGGAGCAAGCGGCGGAAAUACUCUUUCGAGUGCACUGACGGGUCUUCGUUUGUGGACGAGGUUGAAAAGGUGGUGAAAUGCGGCUGCACGAGGUGCGCGUCCUAAGAGCUUGUCUGCAGCUGCUCCAGCUCGGGCAGAGGUUGUACAAGCUACUUCUUGACCAGGUUGGACUAAUUCAUGCUUCAUAGUGGAAAUAUUUGAAAUAUAUUGUAAAAUACAAAACAGACUUAUUUUUAUUAUGAGAAUAAAGACUUUUUUCUGCAGUUGAAAAAAAAUAGUAAUAAAAUAAAAGACAUGCUUGAGCUGAAGCGUCUCCUGUGCUGGAGAAGUGUGAAGCAAGCGAUCCCUGCAAGCAUCCGAGCCGGGCGGGGCGCGCUGCGACGGGAUGCGCCCUUGGAAGGCGCUGAAGGGCGGAGCAGCACACUCGGUGCCUGAAAGGCUGGUGAGCGACCCACCGCGCCCUGAGGUGAAAUCGCCGGAGCAGCAGACCCGCGUCCCUGGCCUCGCGCUGCCCACGCAGCUCGCGAGGACGCUGCGAGCACGCGCGUGUGGAUGAGUCUGCCGGACCAAGGAACGGAACCCGCGAACGCGCAGAGAAAGGAAGCGGAUGGGCAAGGACUUGUGCAAACCCUAGUCCCCCAAGACCCGCGCUCUCUUCUUCGGAGGAAAUGGGAGCGGCGCGCUAGGAUAUGUUUUACCUGCUUUUUAAAUGUCAGCAUGUCAGCAGAAGCAGCACACGAAAGUGAUCCUCUACCAUUUUCCAGUAUUAAUUUUUUUUGUAAUAUAAAUGAUAAAGGAGAUGAUAAAGAACCAAUAGAUUAUUGAUAAAGAAAUUAGUAAUAAUAUGAAUUUUUUGUUUCUAUAAGUUCUAAACAGCCCUAUACAGUAUUCACUUUCGACGAGGAAUAUUUAUUGUAUCAAAGUACAUUGUACUUAACGUUUUAGACCAUUCUUUUGCUGUUUCUCGAUGCUUUAAUAUAUAUUAAUUUAUAAUUGUCCUGAUAUUUUUGUACAUUUUUCAAACUUAAAAAAUAAAAUCAGGAUUUUUUUUUUUUUUUUUUUUUUUGGCAAUAGUACUAACAUAGGCUGUUAUCUCCGGAUAAAUAUAUGUUGGUCUGUUUGUUGGCCUUGAUAGGUGACCACUGUGCCACUGCCCAGUGGCAGUCACAUUCAGGACACCUGCGGAGUGUGUGGGACGUCCAGGAGUAGGAAAGGCACCUCUGCGGGCGGACUGUCCUCACAUGGACAGCAGCCCUUCCGCAAAUUGUCCCCACAGCAGAGAAGUGGUGUGUAGCCACCAGCGCUAGGAGUAGAUCUUUCACAAAUUAAUAUUUUCAUGGAUUCUGCCAUUCUCUUGUGGAGGUGGGAGGAAAGAGACCAUGUCAAAAAUUACAAGGUUUUCCCAAACAAUGAAACUUCUUUAUUACCUAAAUGUUCCUAUAGUAACAUAAUUGCUGCUAAAUUACAAUGUAGAAUGGAUAAUGAUUUAUAGUGGACUGUGCUUUACCCUUAUUGAAUUACCAGAGUGCCCUGUAAAGAUACAGAUGUUUUUCCCCUUCUCCCCCAAAAGAAAUUUUUUUACAAAGAAAAUUAGAUGUACAUGUAUAAUUCAGUGUGCUUUGUCUUUCUCCAGACUGAUAUCAGUUACACUACUGAUGUUUGUAAAUUAAACAGAUAUUUACUUCA